CAGGAGCGAGCGUCCAACCGGAGGGUGGGGGGAGACGCAUUCUCCCCCAGUACACACAAGCAGCGGCCACAUCCACUGUAGACAAAUCCGUGUUCAGUGACGUGUUUUGUAUUAGCCUUUUUUUAAUGCAUGUUCAACCCUUUUCCAUCACUGGCUGAUUUAAAGAUUUAAUCCGGAAUUGAGAAUCCAGUCCCUCGCGUGCUUCUUAUUUUCAUCAACUCUAAUCAUCCCCCCUUUGCUAUUUAUUUAUUUUUUGCCUCGAUAGACCCGAUAUUCAGCCCAUCCACCGUCCACCCCCUAUCUUAUUUUUUCCCUCCAUCUCGUUCUCUCUGGGAGUGCGACGCGCUGCGAAUCUCUGAAAUAAGAAGCCUGCAGGUGCAGCAGCAGAAAAGUGACCAUGAUGCAAGUUUUCUGCUAACGGACGGAGAACGGGACAACCGUCCAAGCCACAACCUCCACCAGCAACAGCUUUCCAGUGAGAAAGAAAGAACGAGAGAGAGAGAGCAAGAGUAAGAGGCAAAAGAGAGAGAACGAGUGCAAGAAGGAGAGAGGGGAGCGGGUGAAAACAGUAGAUGGAUGCUGUCCGGAUUGAGGGGACAGCACGUUCUUCACUGACGAGGAAAAGAAAGAUUUCAAGAUGGAGUCGAAGGAUAGAAACUCGGCGUCAGGCAUGGUGUGUGAGAAGGGGAUCCAGAUCCUCCUCACCACCGUGGGGGCAUUUGCUGCCUUUGGCCUGAUGACGGUGGCAAUAGGGACGGACUACUGGCUGUACUCCCGUGCCAUGAUCUGCAACAGCACAGCCAAUGUUACGGGGGAGGAUCCCCAUAACAAGGACAAGAAGGAUCCCGGGGCGCUCACCCACUCUGGACUGUGGAGGAUAUGCUGCCUGGAAGGAGUAAAGAGAGGAGUGUGUUCUCAAAUCAACCACUUCCCAGAAGAUGCAGACUUUGACCAUGACGGGGCAGAGUACGUCCUACGGGUAGUCAGGGCUUCCAACAUCUUCCCGAUCCUCAGUGCCAUCCUGCUGCUGAUGGGAGGGGUCUGCAUCGCUGCUAGUCGGUUCUAUAAGAGCAAGAGGAACAUCAUUCUGGGGGCUGGAAUUCUCUUUGUGGCUGCAGGGCUGAGUAACAUAAUUGGUGUGAUAGUGUACAUCUCAGCUGCCCUCGGGGACAUCUCUCCUAAGAAGGACGAGGAUAAGAAGUGGCAGUACUCCUACGGUUGGUCCUUUUACUUUGGAGGCCUGUCCUUCAUCAUGGCAGAGAUGGUGGGGGUGCUGGCUGUCAACAUCUACAUCGAGAAGAACAAGGAGCUGCGAUGCCGCUCGCGCACCGACAUUUUCAAGAGUACCACGCACGCCAUGCUCCGCCUGCCCAGCUACCGCUUCCGCCGCCGCUCCCGCUCUUCCUCCCGCUCCACCGACCCCUCCCGCUCUCGAGACCCCUCACCUGUAGGGGGGGGCAAAAACUUCGGCCUGCCUCCCUCUGCGCUGCUUUCCCAGGGCCCCAUCUCAGUGUCCACUUUACCAAACCCCCACUCUCGCUCUCACACGGCCCUGGCUGGAGGUGACAUCUCUCUCUACACCUUGUCCCGCGACCCCAAACUGGGGGGUCUGCCGCCCAUGUAUGGAACGGUGGACAGGGCCACGCUCUACCAGCUCCACAACUGCUUCCCAAAGGAUGGAGGGGGAGGGGGGGUGAUGUUGAGUGGUACACUCCCUUCUCUUAAGUCCCACAACCCUUCCAAUUCUUCCAACUCCAACGCGGCAAUGCCCAACUCAGUGGGCUCCGGCCCUCCACCAUUCACCUCGUCCACAGGAGACAGGGAGCGAGGCAUGGGGACGCUGGACAGGCUGAAGGGGGACAGGGAGAGCAACUCUAACACCCUCAAUAGGAAGACAACGCCUGUGUAGAGCGAGGGUUUGAGAGGGGGAGGCGAGGAGGAAGGGAGAGAAGGAGAGUGGGUAGAAAUGAAAGAGGCCAGGUAGAGAGGAGCAGUCGGUGGGGCUCAACAGGAAAUAUAUAGACAGACAGGUAGUGAAAUCUCUCCCUCCAUGUUCACUGUUACUUAGUCUGCUCAACCUCACUGAGAACAAAAACAAGAUGAGUAAUAACAGAGUGAUAAUAACAACAACAAUGAACUUUCACAAUAAAACUAUUUUGAUAUUUUAACAUGCUAGAAAUGAUUUAUUUUGUUAAUGAUCAAACGCAAUUAACCUUGGGCUAUAAUGAAAAUGUUUCACAUACUUUUUGUGCAAUAUUACUGCUAAUUAACCAGAUCAUCAUUAAUGUAAAAUUGUUGUUGUGAUUAUUCUUAGCGUUAUUACAGGCUAGCCGUAUUUGCAAACACUAUAGUUUGGAAUGAAAAUUUGAAUUUUCAUGUUACUUUCUCUCUGAUUUCGAUCUGACGACUUUUACUGUGAAUUUCUUCCAUGCAGAGCCGCUGGACUGCCAGUGAGCUGUGUGUAACUGUGUCAAAGUGUCAAGCAUGAGUGUGCACAAUAUGUGGGAGAAUGAGGGCCUGUAAUUUUUUUACCCCAUAUUAUAUAAUUUUCAUUUAUAACAUGAAUUCAGAUUUGAAUACUGUAAAUUGUCUUCCAAUAUUGAUACUGAAAGAAAUGCAACAAUAAUGUGAGUGACUGAGAAAACUGACCAACGUCAUUGUUAUUAUAAGUCUGAGUUUUCUAUGGGCCUCUGUUAGUCUUAUUUCCAUUCUAAUCAGUGUUAACAGUAGUACUUGUAGCUAUAGUCGUGUUGAAGAUGUUUGUUCUUGGGCAUUAACAGAAACCUCUGACUGGAGGAAGCAGAAAAAAGAGAUAUAGAAUAAUACAUUUGUACAGAUUCAGGUAAAGGUUACUGCCUGAGCAGAACAACUAAAAACCUAAUCAUUUUUUUUCUAUGAAGAGUCCCAAAGUGAGACAUGCAACUCAUCAUUUUCAGUGGCAAAAAAAGACAAUAUGUAUAUGUGGGUUGAGAGGGUUUAAAAAAACACUAUAGAGAAAAACUUUUGAAAAGAUACAUGUACAUUGUAAUUUACGCAUACAUAUAUUUGUAAAGUCUAUAGAUACGUUUUUUCGGGACCACUGUUCAAACUGGGUAUGCAUUUUGGGCUGUUUCGUUCCCGGUGCCCCCCCUGGACUCUUGUUGGACGGUUUCAUCCUCUAACCCUGCGCAGCCAUACUUGCUCCCCAAGCCCCCC